CAUUCCUCAAUGUCCGGAUCGACCGGACCCAUACUUCAGGGUCCAUAGACAUAUAUAAGUGCUUGAGAACAAGGUUCGGCUCCAAAGUAAAUCAAAUUUAUUUCAAUUCAUAAGUGACUUUAUCUACGUAUAAGUUGAGUUGCUCACGCCAUGGCUACGCUGCAAUACUCCACGCCCUCGCUGCUGGCUGUCGCCACUGGCAUCCUAGGUUCAGCAUGGGCAUCUGGCACAAUCGCAUCCAUGUCUCUCGUGGGUAUGCCCACAGCAAUGUCAGCGCCCAAUGAUUCGGUCUACGUCUGGCACGGCAUCUUCACGCGUGGCAUGAAUGUCAUGCCCAAGGUCGCCAUCCUCAUCGCAGCGGCAUACUCAUACGGCGCCUACGAUGCGCGCAAUCGCGGCGAGAACUGGAAAGGAUAUCUUGCCGCGGGCGGCGCUGUGCUCUCCAUCAUUCCCUUUACUCUCCUCUUCAUUGGCGGUACCAAUGCGACCCUGAUCAGCGCGUUCAAGGGGGCGACCGUUUUGUCACAGGGCAGAGCCUCGGAGCUCAUUGGGAAAUGGGGCGCGUUGAAUUUGGGAAGAAGUCUCUUCCCUUUGGUGGGUGCUAUCAUAGGGCUUAGCACGUUUCUCGGAAACUUGUCCUGAAGCAGGAAGAUCAUUGGUGUUUGCAGAAUUCAUAUUGGGAAAUCAUUAAUGACCAC